CGUCAGCAAAUGAAAAAAAAUUGACAACAACAACAAGAAAGAAUAAAUAGGAUGGAAAACCCCGGCGAAGACUUUCCCUUGCACCAAGGGGUCUUCAAUGGAGAUGUGAAAACAGUGUCGAAAUUGAUAAGAGUGCAUGAUGUUUCACAGAAAGAUGUGCAUGGAAACACACCUCUUCACUUAGCAGUCAUGAAAGGCCAUAAAGAAUGUAUCAUGCUGUUGUUAGCCCAUAAUGCAAUGGUGAAAGUGAAGAAUAAUGCAGGGUGGACACCAUUGGCAGAAGCUAUUAGUUAUGGUGACAGAAGAACAAUUUGUACAUUAUUGAAGAAGUUAAAGCAACAGUCAAGAGAUGCUCUUGAUGAGAGAAGGCCAGCACUUAUACAGGCACUAGAAGAUAUAGGAGAUUUCUAUCUGGAGCUCAAGUGGGACUUCCACAGCUGGGUGCCUUUAGUCUCAAGAAUUUUGCCAUCUGAUUUAUGCAAGAUACACAAAAAGGGGUCAAAUAUACGAUUGGAUACAACUUUAGUAGAUUUUAAUGACAUGCGUUGGGAAAGAGGGGACAUAACUUUUGUAUUUAAUGGUAAAGCUUCACCUGGAGAUGCCCUUACUGUGAUGGACAACAAGCUCAAAGUUUAUCAAAAAGUCAGACAUGAGGAGACAGAACAAGAAAUACAAGAAGAGAUUGAUAUACUGAUGCGUAGUGACAUCAUGGCCGCACAGAUGUCCACAAAGAAUAUCACAUUCUCUAGAGCACAGACAGGUUGGCUAUUCAGGGAGGAUAAAACUGAAUCUAUUGGUGAAUAUGAAGCUGAUUUUUAUCAUGUAAAUGGGCUUAAUAUAGAGUCAAAGAAAAGGAGAGAACAUUUGUCUCCUGAAGAUGUACAAAAGAACAAAGCCAUGGUAGAAAAUCUAACUAAAGGAUCUUGGGAUGCAAAAGAAUUUGAGAGACGAACGUCUUUACCUAAGCCAGAGAUACCUGAAGUAACAUGGGAGGACUAUAUAACAGCACCUAUAGGUCAGCCUCCUUCUAUAGGUAGACAUCAAAUUAGUAAAGAGAGCAACAAGUUGUUUAAAGCUACCCUAGCAAUGAGUAAAGACUUUCCUAUGACUGUAGAUGUCUUAUUAGACGUUCUUGAAGUGAUAGCACCCUUCAAACAGUUCCAAAAAUUACGAGACUUUAUGCAAAAUAAACUGCCUCCAGGAUUUCCAGUCAAACUUGAAUUACCUGUAUUCCCGACAGUUACUGCUAAGGUAACAUUCACCCUGUUUGACUGGCGUGAGGAGCUAAACGAUGCCUUAUUCACCAUCCCUACAGGUUAUACAGAAGAUCCGACACGCUUUCCUGAUUUAUGACUCCUACAUGACAUAUCAGUAGUAGAAAUUAUAUCUAGCUUCAGGGAAACACAUGACAUUCAAAAUACAAAUAAACUUUCAGAAAAACAACUAAUGGUAGACGAUGUUCUACAAAAUGUGAGAAAAUCUGUGAUAGCAGUAGAUAUACCCUUAACUAAUUUAGGUAGUGCUAGUACAGAAAUGGUUCUUGUGUUUCAAUAGCUUGUUAUGUCAAUAGUAAAGUUAAUAGGUGAUGCUUUCUUUAGUAAACACCUGUAUUAUAAGGUCAGAAAUUUUAAACACAUCUGUAAAAUUUUAGGUUUGUUGUUUUGUUAAUGUAGUAUCAAAUCUUGUAUUAUUUAUACAAUUCAAACAUUGUAAAAAUAUCUAAAUUUUAAAUGAAAAUUAUCAUUAAGAAUUAAAAUGAUUGAAGUAUUUAUUAUAGACAUGCAAAACUGAAAGUUUGCUGAACUGAUAUCUUCAUGAUAUUUUGAUGCACAAAAAAUGCCUUGCUGAAAAAAGUCCCAUUAUAUAUAUAUUUCUGGAUCCGGAACAUUUGCCCACCAGGACACUUCCCCCCUGGUCGAAAAAUGCAUCAUUAGGUAUUUUUCUCCCAGUGAAAAUGUAUAAUUGAACACUUUUCCCCCCAGUUUAGAAACUAGGGGGGAAAUAUUUACCUUAACAUUUCCCUUGGGGGGAUAAAUGUCAAGUAAUUCUUUUAUAUAGUGGGGGCAAAUGUCUGGAUACCAUAUUUUCUAUGUUAAACAUUGUAAUACGAUUAUACAGGAAGGAUGACAUGGUAUAAUGUUACAUGGACUUAUAAACUUAACUUAAGAUACAGAAGUAAUUUGAUAAUAGUACUAUUUAUUCAAAGGGUCAAUGUCACAAUUAGAUCUUUGGUGGAGUUUUCUUGUACAAUUAAUCAAAGCAUUAAUGUGUAUGUACAUAGUAAAUGUGCUGUAGAUACCUUGCAUUAAUUGAUUAUAGUAGAAGUUGUUAAUAACUCAUCACAAAUAUUGAUAUUAAACAGUAAUGACCAGUCUUCUAAUAGAUCUAUAUUUGUUUGUUAAUGAAGUUAUGGAAUGUUUUAUUUUGUCUCUGAUUUUGUUUUCCGUCUUGAACUAGAAGUUGCAAAUUUUCUUAUAGACAUUUAACACCAGCAUGGCAUUUGUAUAGACAUUAAGAUAAUUAGUUCAAGUUUAUGGUGCAAUUUUAUAUCUUUAACAGUUAUGAAGUAUUUACUGUAAUCUUAAUUCACAUGUCUUUUUGAUCAAAUGUUAGGUCACAAAUAUGGACUUAUAUUGAAAUGUCCUUGAUGAACUUAAAAAACUCCUGGUUAAGAUUUUUGCAUGUGAGUUCUGUUUCCUAUAGGUAUUCACUUGACACAACACACUUGACAUCGGGGUCAUAAUUUUACGCCAGUAACCAGAACCCACAUGACAACUCCAGCAAGAAUUUUUAUGAAGACAAUAAGUUUGAACUUUAAACAGUUCUUCAGGACCAUAAUGGAGUAAUGUCAGGUCCCUGACCAAGACCCACAUGAAAUUUACUGAACAAUUUUAAAAAAUUAGAAAACCUCAAGUUAAAGUUAGAUUUUUAUUUCUAGAACUGUUGAAUAUAUAUAUCACUAGUAGGUCAUUGAACAACAUCCAAAGCUCUAUCUUUGAUUUUACAGAAUUAUUCUUCUAUGUGAACUUAACAAUGGCUCUUGUUUUACGAUCACGCUCUGAGAAUAGUCAUUUAUUACAUGCUUUUUGGUGGUUUAUAGAAAAAUAUCAGUGAUAUAAAACUGGUAAUUUCACUGUUUUAAGCCCAGUGAAAUACCAGCGUGCACAGUACUGGGAACCAACUAAUGACGUCACCUUGUAUUAUAAUUUGGCGCGCUUUUCAUUCAGUAUUAGGUUUAAUGUCUUUUUUAAAACGUUUCGUUGCAUAUAAUAAAAAGAAAAUUUGUUUAGUUUAGUGUAAAAUCGAAAUAUAUUUCACCUUGUGAACACCAAAAGUUCAUAUUUCACGAGUGGCUGCGCCACUCGUGAAAUAUACCUUUUGGUGCUUACUCGGUGAAAUAUAUUCCGAUCUUACACUGAACAUAACAAAUAUCCUCUAUGUAAACUUUCCUAUGACAGCUCUUGUUUGAAGUGUUGGUAAAUGUUUUAAAAUGUAGUUUUUGAUGCUAACAGAUGUAAAGUGUAGAAUUUGUAAAAAAAAGUUGAUAAGUAGAUGUUGAUAAAACAGUAGCCCUGUUACCUUUUGUAGAUAAUUGCUAAGUAUCUCUAUAACAGAGCUCCCUACAUUCCUCAUGUAGUGAGCUGACAGUUUUAGUUGCAGUGUUAUAAUUUUACUAGAAGGUGUUGUGAUGAUAUUGUGAGAUAUUGAUGUAUUUGGAUAUGAUUUGUUUGAAAGUGAAAUGACUUAAUCUGUAGUGGUUUACAUUUUGUAGAUGAAGUAUAUUUUGUAAGAGGUGUAUGUUUAAUAUGUAUAUAUUAUAUAUAAAGGUUGUAAGUUUUGUACUGCAGGACAGUAAAUGUUGACAUUUUGGCUGUUAUGGAAUGAUUUCAACAUGUGUGAGAUUUAUUUCAGUGAAAAAUAUGACCAUUCAUGGUGCUUAACUUUAGAUCUAGAUUUUAUUAUCCCCCACCCCCCACCCGCUGAUAAAAUGGGAAUGGCAUUGCCCAUUUUUCUUCCAUUGGGAUGCAAAUAUCUUACAAUAGGUGUGUCCAAUUUUCUUCGAACUUAACAGGAUUAUGAAUAGGCAAAUAAAGAAAGAAUCCAACUGAGGACUAAAGACAGAUUAGAAUUAGCAUUUUUAAAUUGUGUGUUGUUUAUUUAUGGCCUAGUGUUACUUUAGUAAAGCAUUUCUGUCUUGAACCAUAUCUCAUGACAGAGGAAUACAGCAAAGUUACCUCAUUACAAGCUUGACUAUAAUGACCAAGUGGCAUUACAUAAUGUUAUGAUAUUAUAAGGCCAUGAUAUAUCAGAAGGAUGAUCUUUAUUACUGUAUAUGUGGAUAUUUAUGUGUCACAAACAUUUUGUGAUGUCAAAAAGUGGACUUUUUGCAUGUGGAAAUAUUUGUGAAAAUAUGAUUUUUUGAAUUUAAUACCGUUUUUGUGAUAUCAUUAAAUAAGAAGGUACAUGUUAAGAAUAUGCUGUUAUUGUAAUCGUUCUUUUCAGUUGUUUAAUACCUUUAUCAUUUAUAUAAUUGUUUGAAAAUUGAAGUACACAUUGUUUGUUUGAUAAACAACCUGAUUACACAUUUCUUUGUCAUAUUUUGAAACAUUCUUUUGUUAUAUGAAUAACCUAUUGUUUCAUUAAAAUAUUUGUGAUUUGAUAAGACCAAACUUUUAAACAAACAAGCAAUGAGAAAAAUUAAUCUCACUUCCUGAACAGUCAAACUUAUUCAUGUAAGAUGCUGUAUAAAAACAUGUUUUCAAAUAACAUGUAUAAAAGAAAGUUUUUGCAAUCAAAUAUUAGCGAAUAAUUUCAAUUCGCAAAAAUCGCAAAUAUUUUCACGUCCCAAAAUUAACCACUUAUACAGUAUAUGUGCUAUUUUGCUUGACACACUUAUUUCUGUGGGCUUUGUAUAACAAGAAGUGAAGAUAACAAAUAUUAAUUCUCUCUCUUAUUCUGAGGUACAUAAUAUUCCAAUGAUUGGGAUAUUAGUUUUAUGAAUUAGCUUGUUGUAUUUCAUUGAAUGUAUUUGAUGUAAGUUUUUACGUAAUUGACACGAAGAUUGAGCAAGGACACAACUUGUUGUUUUAUUUCUAAAAUUUGUUAUAUAUUUGCAUGUAAAGGAGCACACACAUUGAUUUAUUUGCUUUAAAGCAGCAUGCCUCCAGAGUCAUUCUAAUUUUCAUGAAUUUUUUUUUAAUGUAUUAAAAAGUAAAACAUUGUCAAGUCAACAAAGAAAAUAAUUUACACACUGCAAACACAACUUAAAAUUCAUGAAAAUUACCAAAAAAUAUUUCAGAAUAUGCAAAACAAGCCCUUAGAGUGUUAGUGACGCAGUAGAAAUAUAGUGAUUAAUAAUAUUAAUAAUGCAAAAUCAGUCAUUAAUUGCAUAUAACAAGUACUUUAUUCCUUGAAUUUUGAAUAUAUAUUUACUUUUCUUAAAAUUCUAGUACUUUUUUCUCAAGAUUGAUUUUUUUGUAAUAGUUUGGCUCAUCUGGAGGCAUGCAGCUUUAAUCUUGUUGUAGAUAUACACAAACUGCUUGAUAUAAAUAUUACUGCUUUUGUUGUUUGUUUUUUUUUCAGCAGUAAAUCCCAUGUACUAUAUUAACUACAGGUGCUUGCAUUUUAUUUAAUAUGUCUCGCAAUACUAGUGCUAGUUGGCAUUAUUAACUCUAUCCUAAUAACUAAUGAUUGUCUUUCUUUUUUUUACCCCUAUGAAGCUUGUUAAAUCCUGAUUUUAGUCUCAGUUUGUACAAUAUUUGAAGUUAAUUACAAGAUAAUAUAUAUACAAAUGUAUAUCAUGUGAUGAGUAUGUAAGACAUUCAUCAAAAAUUACCUUUUCUAGAAUGGAAAGAUAUUUGAAAUAUCAUUUGCUAUCUUUAAUUUGAUUUGAAUUCAAUGUUUUGUAAUAUAAGAAAGAAAUUUUUUUAUUAAAAUAUGGCGCCUUUUAAUCAAUGUCAUGUAUCAAAAUGCUGUUAUAAACAUUUAUUACUUCUGGUAUUAAAGAAAUGUUGUACUACAGUGUGAUUUUACUCUGUUUAUUUUUUGUUUGUUUUGUUAAGAUAUUAUAUUCAAUAACAAUUUUGAACAAGAAUCAAUAUCACAUUAAUAACGCUAUCCUUUCUUUUAUUUUUAAUUGUAAUAUUUUAAAACACCACAUUUAGUAAUACUGUGAAUUCACUUAUAUUCGUGGGCAUGAAAUUUCGUAGUCUUACAAAAUAACAUUGUAUAUUUGAUUUCUCCACAUGAAGAAAAUGUUAGUCUCUUGUUGUCUAUUAAAAGAGUGGACAUUUGAUGUCUGAUCAAUAUUAGAAUUAGUGAAAAAGUUACAGCUUACAUGUAUUUUAACUUAGUCAAAAAGUUCAUGAUUUGAUGAUAUCAUUUUAGCCUGCCCUGUAAACUAAAUGAGGAACAUUUCAUAGGUUUAAGAGUUGGAAUCUUUUCUUUUUUUUUCUCUUUUUUUUGAAAAAAGCAGGUGUUUUUGAAGACAAUGAUACUAUUCAAAAUAAAAUGGGGAGUAUAUCAGGAGCUACUUUUUAGGAACAUAACUAUUGGGGGAAAAAAUGAGGAUGAAAAUGUUUUAAAGUUUUGUUAUUUGUAUUUUUGUUUCAGUGCAAUGUUAAUUGCAUACACAAAAAUAUGUGUGCUAAAGACUUGUAUUUUAUCAUUUAAUGAAGAAAUAACAAUUUGAUUUUAGAGAAACAUGCCUUUUAAAUGUUGUUUGAUUUAAUUAUACAGUUCAUGGUUGAUAUUGUGCUGUCAUAUUGCAGCUAGUAUAUUAUUAUUUUCUAGGAUUUUGAUAAAGUUAACAUCUCUUUGUUGUAUUGUUAAGGUUUUUGCUUCACUUUAAACACAACAGACAGGUUACAGCCUGGUAAUGUGCUCACUAUAUAGCAAAUAUAUGUUAAAUAUCAAA